UUCUGCAAUCGAGUGAAUGCGUCAUAUAGAGGGUAGCGUCCUGGUUGUUUGCAUUUGCAGUGUGUGCUUAGAGCUGACAUGCUCGCGAUUCUUUCGUUGUGUUUAUUCCUGCUGGUUUGGUGGUACUUAUCACCUGACAAGAAGACGUCGACAGCCCCUGGUCCCAGGCCCUGGCCUAUCAUCGGCAGUAUCCACCUCCUGGGGCGCCACGAGACCCCUUUUCAGGCCUUCACUGAACUCAGCAAAAUCUAUGGGGACAUUUUCAGCAUCAAUCUUGGCACAGUACCGUGUGUUGUUGUGAACAAUUUGCAGCUCAUCAAGGAGGUUUUAGUGACCAAGGGUGCCGAUUUUGGUGGUAGGCCCGACUUCACCAGGUUCCACAAACUGUUCGGAGGCGAUCGAAACAAUUCUUUGGCUCUAUGUGACUGGUCAUCGCUACAAAAGACUCGAAGAAACAUUGCUAGAGCCUAUUGCUCCCCAAAGUUGACAUCACUGCAGUGCGACAAGGUUAAAGCAGUUGCCUUAGAAGAACUGAAAGUUUUUCUCACCGAACUGAACAAACUGCCAUUGGAAGAGCCUGUUGACAUUAAACCCAUAGUACUGAAGGCAUGUGCAAACAUGUUCACAAAAUACAUGUGCUCGACAAGUUUCGCUUACGACGAUAAAGAAUUCAGUUUGGUGGUUAGAUAUUUCGAUGAGAUAUUCUGGGAAAUCAACCAAGGAUAUGCUGUUGAUUUCAUGCCUUGGCUUUUACCGAUGUACACUGGACACAUGAACAAGAUAUCCAAUUGGGCAACUGUUAUAAGAAGCUUCAUUUUGGAGAGGAUCAUAAACGAACAUGAGGCUUCAUUGGAUUACGAUGGUAUUCCUAGAGACUUCACUGACGCUCUUUUGAUGCACUUGGCAGAAGAUCCAAAUAUGAAUUGGCAACAUAUCAUUUUCCAGUUGGAGGAUUUCAUUGGUGGACAUUCUGCUGUAGGUAACCUAAUUAUGGUUACCCUAUCAUCAGUGAUCAAGUAUCCCGAAGUAGCAGCAAAAAUACAAAAAGAAGUGGAUUCUGUGACUGGAGGUAACAGAUGUCCGAAUUUAUUCGACAAAGAAGCUAUGCCGUAUACUGAAGCAACAAUCAUGGAAGCUCUUAGGCUAGCUUCAUCCCCAAUAGUACCUCAUGUAGCCACAGUUGACUCAAACAUCGGUGGAUACACCGUCAACAAAGGUACAAUGAUAUUCAUCAACAACUACGAGCUCAACAUUGGAGAUGACUAUUGGAGCGAACCCAAUAAAUUCAAGCCAGAAAGAUUUAUAUCUGCAGGUGGUCAUAUAUCUAAACCUGCACAUUUCAUACCUUUCAGUACAGGAAAAAGGACUUGUAUUGGACAAAAAUUGGUGCAGUAUUUUUGCUUCGUUAUUUUGGCCACUCUAGUACAACACUUCGAUUUGUCAGUUCCUGUACCACCGAAAUUGAAGCCAGGUUGUGUAGCUGUACACCCUGAUUGUUUCAAAUUCAUCUUGAAAUCCAGAGGGCACAACAACGUAUAGUUGUAACCUGAAGGAAAUGUGUCAGAAAAACUUAAUGAUGUAAUAGCUCCAUUGAAUUGAAAAAGGAUGAAUGGCAUUCUUCAGAUGAAUGUCCUUUGAAAAUGAGUUCUUCCGCAUUAAGAUUUUCUUACACAUAUUCCAGCUGAGCAUCACCCAUCUUUUUUCAUUUAUCAAGUACCUAUUGGAAUUUAUCAUUCAUUGUAUAUAUGUCAUUUAAAUGAAUUGUAAAAACGAAUUUACUAAUUUAUCUCCAGUUAUGAUCCCCCUAUAUAUUGUCCACUAUAAAUGAGACUGAAUAAACUGAGUAUUUUAUUA